AAGAAUACUUAUUACUUUGCAUAUAAAUAAUAAAUUUAACAAUAUAUUAAUUUUAUCUAUUUUAAAAAUUAUUAACUCAUUAUUAUUUCUAAACAAGAGAUGAAGUUAUUAAUGAAUUGUCAAUUAAAAAAAAAAAAAAAGAUGAAGUUAUUCGAUCAGCAUGAACUUACUAAACCACAAGACUUCUGGUUCAGAAAUGAAACGACCUACCGUUUUAUUUGAGCUAUUUAUACCAACUGAGCCCGUUAAUGAUCAAAUGGACAAUGAACCUCUGUCAUCUCCAUUCCCUCCAAAAAUCACUUCGCCAACACCAUUACCUACUGUUUAAACCGUUCAUUCUCAAAACCUCGAACCUCUGCUUUACUAAAGUUAUUAAAUUUUUUAUCCAGACCUCUGCAGAAUUUAGCCAACACCCAAAGAUCAUUAGUUUCUCAGGCAAAACCCAAAAGUUCAAUUUUUAUUCCGCACCCACCUCAAUAUCCUACUCUAAGCUCCUCUCCAAAUGCACUGCUUCAAAAUGUUUAACUGCAGGCAUGGAAAUUCAUGCCCAUGUAAUAAAAUUCGGUUCGUCUCAAGACCCCAAGUUAAGAAACCUUUUGAUCAAUCUGUAUUCAAAGUGCCAGCUUUUCCGUUAUGCGCGGAUACUGGUUGAUGAAAGUACUGAACCGGAUUUGGUUUCUUGGUCUGCUUUGAUAUCCGGGUAUUCACAAAAUGGGUUUGGUAAAGAAGCAAUUUUGGCCUUUUAUGAGAUGCAUUUGUUGGGUGUUAAGUGCAAUGAAUUUACUUUUCCUAGCGUACUUAAGGCUUGUACGGUCACUAAGGAUUUGUGGCUAGGGAGGCAAGUUCAUGGGACUGUGGUGGUAACAGGGUUUGAAAAUGAUGAAUUUGUUGCAAAUAGCUUACUCGUCUUGUACGCAAAAUCUGGAGAGUUUGUGGAUUCUAGGAGGCUAUUUGAUGCAAUUCCAGAACGGAGUGUUGUUUCGUGGAAUGCAUUGUUAUCGUGUUAUGUGCAGAGUGAUUCGUGUGGAGAAGCAAUUGGCUUGUUUAAGGAUAUGGUUUUGAGUGGAAUAAGGCCUAACGAGUUCAGUUUAUCCUGUAUGAUAAAUGCUUGCACUGUGUUGGAGGAUAGUAAUCAAGGAAGAAAGAUGCAUGGAUACUUGAUAAAGCUUGCCUAUGAUUUAGAUCUGUUCUCAGCAAAUGCUCUUGUUGACAUGUAUGCAAAAGUGGGAACUCUUGAAGAUGCUAUCUGUAUUUUUGAGGAAAUUGCAAAACCUGAUAUUGUUUCUUGGAAUGCUGUUAUUGCAGGUUGUGUUCUUCGUGAAAACCAUCAUUGGGCCAUAAAGUUGUUUGGGGAAAUGAAUAGGUUGGGGAUAUACCCAAAUAUGUAUACCAUAUCAAGUGCUUUUAAAGCCUGUGCUGGAAUGGGUCUCGGGGAAUUGGGAAGACAGCUGCACUCUAGCUUAAUAAAAAUGGAUAUAGGAUCAGAUUCUUUUCUAGGUGUUGGACUCAUAGAUAUGUAUUCCAAGUGUGAGUUAAUGACUGAUGCACAAUUGGUUUUCAAGCUAAUGCCAGAAAAGGAUUUGAUUACUUGGAAUGCUGUGAUCACUGGCCAUUCACAAAAUGGCGAAGACAUAGAUGCUAUCUCUCUUUUUCCUUUGAUGCAUAAGGAGGUAGUAGGAGUCAACCAGACAACUCUAUCAACAGUUCUUAAAUCUGUGGCUGCCUUACAGGCUGAUCACUUUUGCAGCCAAAUUCAUGCAUUUUCUGUGAAAUCAGGGUUUGAAUCUGACAAUUAUGUUGCAAACAGCCUUAUUGAUGCCUAUGGAAAAUGUGGUUAUAUAGAAGCUGCAACCCAAGUGUUCAAAGAAAGCCCAGUUGUAGAUUUGGUGGCAUUCACAUCUAUAAUAACAGCUUAUUCUCAAGAUGGACAAGGUGAAGAAGCUCUAAAGCUCUAUCUGGAAAUGCAGUACAAGGAUAUCAAGCCAGAUUCCUUUCUGUGCAGCUCUCUUCUGAAUGCAUGUGCAAAUUUAUCAGCAUAUGAACAAGGGAAACAAAUCCAUGUUCCCAUCUUGAAGUUUGGAUUCAUGUCAGAUAUUUUUGCUGGGAAUUCUCUUGUUAACAUGUAUGCCAAAUGUGGAAGCAUAGAUGAUGCAGACCGUGCUUUCUCUGAAAUACCUCAGAGAGGAAUAGUAUCAUGGUCUGCAAUGAUUGGAGGACUUGCUCAACAUGGGCAUGGGAAAGAGGCCCUCCAUUUAUUCAAUCAGAUGCUUAUAGAUGGUGUUCCUCCUAAUCACAUAACUCUAGUUAGUGUACUUUGUGCUUGCAAUCAUGCAGGUUUGGUUGCUGAAGCUCAACGAUAUUUCAAAUCAAUGAAAAAGUUGUUUGGUAUUGAACCAAUGCAAGAGCAUUAUGCUUGCAUGAUCGAUCUCCUUGGUCGAGCAGGAAAAUUGAAUGAGGCAAUAGAGCUCAUGAAUAAAAUGCCAUUUCAAGCUAAUGCUUCAGUCUGGGGUGCCCUUCUUGGUGCUGCAAGAAUCCAUAAGAAUAUUGAUCUUGGACAACAAGCUGCUGAGAUGCUUUUUGCCCUAGAACCUGGGAAAUCAGGUACCCAUGUUCUUCUUGCUAACAUUUAUGCAUCAGUUGGCAUGUGGGAUGGUGUAGCAAAGAUGAGAAGACUCAUGAAAGAUAGCAAGCUGAAGAAGGAGCCAGCGAUGAGUUGGAUUGAGAUGAAAGACAAGGUAUACACAUUCAUAGUAGGAGAUAGAAGCCAUUCUAGAAGCAAGGAAAUCUAUGCAAAGCUUGACGAGCUAAGUGAGCUCUUAGAUAAAGCUGGUUAUGUUCCCAUGUUAGAGAUUGACCUCCAUGAUGUUGAACUAAAUGAGAAAAAGCAGCUCCUAAACCACCACAGUGAAAAACUUGCAGUUGCUUUUGGCUUGAUUGCCACCCCGCCAGGAGCUUCCAUUAGAGUGAAAAAGAAUCUUCGAAUUUGUUUGGACUGCCACACUGCAUUCAAGUACAUUUGUAAAAUUGUCUCAAGAGAGAUAAUUGUGAGAGACAUUAAUAGAUUCCACCAUUUCAGAGAUGGUUCAUGUUCUUGUGGGGAUUAUUGGUAACAUCCCAGGGUGUUAUUCGUUCAUUGUAUGCUAACACCUGAAAAUUUUCCCCUACAUUCCUUGAAAAUUUUCCCCUACAUUCCUUAAAAAUUUUGGGCAUGUUGAAGGCCUAAUUUCUUUUCUUUUAUCCAAUCUGCUUUUAUUUGACAAAUAUGAAAUUUUGGUCACAUUUAGUGUUGUUAGAGCUUAAACUCAAAACUUAAACAGUCCUCAAGACUUCUGCUGCUUGUAUAACCAAUAAGAUCAUAUUCGGGGGAAUGUAAUUUUCACUUUUAUUAUUUUAUGAAAUUCUUUUCACUUGCAUAA